AUGAACGCCAAGCAGGGCGGCCUGCCCAAUGCCAUGCCCCCUUCUAGCAAGCUCCCUAAUAAUUGCAAGGUCAAGACCUCUUCUUCAUCAACUGACUCCUCACCAUCACCUAUAUCCAUCGCCCUCACCUACAGGGGUGAGACAUCGAAGAUAAUGAUGCUGCCUGACACAGGAGCUGAUGUAUCAGUGAUGGGCCCCCAGCACUUGGAACUCCUUCGCAUUCCCAGGACUGAGCUACAGCCUCCUGCAACAUCAGUGACACUCACGGCAGAUGGGUCAAAGAUGACACCUGCUUUAGGAACCCUUAAGGCCACCUUGUCCUUGGCCAAACAGUCCUGCCUCACCACGAUUCAAGUCCACGAACGCGUUCAGAUGCCACUCCUGUCCUAUGCAUUUUGCAAGGAGUUGGCCAUCAUCCCACCAGGCUUUCCUUGGCACAUCCUACAGGUCACCCACGUUAAUCGAUGCAAGGAGCUACCCCUGCAUGCAGACACGACCCCUGCUGAGGCCCGAGAGUAUUUCUUACAAACCUUUCAGGACGUACUCGUGUCAAAGGAAGACCUUAAAGCAGCUCCUCUGAGGCCGAUGGCUGGCCCUCCCAUGGAAAUCCACCUUAAGGAAGACGCGGUCCCUUUCGCCAUCCACACCCCAAGGCAGAUACCGUACGCUUUCUGCAAACCUGUUAAGAAUGAACUAGACUCCAUGGUACAACAGGGAGACAUUAAGCCUUGUGGAGAUGAGCCAUCGGAAUGGUGCCACCCUCUAGUCAUCGUUCCUAAGGCCAAGGGAGUUCGAAUCACUGUGGAUCUCACAAAGCUGAACGCACAAGUCUCCCGUCCAGCCCACCCUUCGCCCACGCCCUUAGCUGCUGUCCGUGCUGUUGACUCCACCGCCAAGUUCUUCACCUACGCGGACGCUCUACACGGCUACUGGCAGAUGGAGCUAGCAGAAGAGGACCGCCACCUCACAACUUUCAUUACGCCUUAUGGACGCUUCCAGCAUUGCCGGGGACCUAUGGGCUUCGCUGCCACUGGUAAUGCCUAUUGUUACCGCAGCGACCUAGCUCUCCAAUGCGUGAUGAAGUGUGUCAAGGGUGUUGAUGACAUUUUCAUCUUCGACAAUGACCUACUGACACACUACCACAGGAUCCACGAACUGCUCACCUGCUGCCGCAAAAAUGGCAUCACUCUCAACAAAGAAAAAGUUCACAGUGGUAGAGACCAGAGUGAAUUUCUGUGGCUUCACCCUUUCCGAAGAAGGAAUUGCUGCUGA